AUGAUCUCGCAGCCGUCCGGAGCGCUAGAUGGCAUCCACGUCGACAUGAACCACCUGAAGAAGGGCGAGGUCAACCUCGGAACCUCCAUCAUGGCCAUCAACUUCAAAGACGGUGUGAUUCUUGGCGCCGACAGCCGGACGACGACCGGCGCCUACAUUGCCAACCGUGUUACCGACAAGCUCACGCAGGUGCACGACACGAUAUGGUGCUGCCGCUCCGGCUCGGCCGCCGACACACAGGCCGUUGCUGACAUCGUCCACUACCAUCUGGGCAUGUACGGUAUCAUGAACAAUGAGAGGCCGACGACUCAGACGGCUGCGGCGCUGUUCCAGGAGCUUUGCUACGACAACAAGGACAUGUUGAGCGCGGGCAUGAUCAUUGCAGGCUACGAUCCCCGCCACGGCGGCCAAGUCUACGCGAUUCCGCUCGGCGGCUCUCUACACAAGCAGGCCUACUCCAUUGGCGGUUCUGGAUCGACGUACAUUUAUGGUUACUGCGAUGCAAACUGGAGGGAGGGCAUGACGGAGGAAGAGGGCGUGAACUUCGUCAAAGGAGCGCUGCGGGAGGCCAUCAAGUGGGACGGCAGCUCUGGCGGUGUGAUCCGCAUGGUGGUGUUGACGGCGAAUGGCGCACAGCGGCACCUGUACCUGCCGGACCAGGACUACCGCGGCCCUGGCAGGCAAACGUAG